GCCACCAUUACGUCAAAACAUUCCAUCGUGCCACCGAGGUCCCCCCAUUUCUCUACCCGCUUUGUGACUGCGAGAGCUCCUCAAGACUUGUACACUUUCAACUUACUCCUAUAGCUGUACUGCUGCUGCUGAAUGCGCUGUUCAGUACACGACUGCUUUCAAAAGAUCCACGCGCUGGGAGCAAUUUAGCAAUUGAUAUCAAUUCAGCACAAUGGCUACGCAGGAAGAAACCCCAUCCUCGACCGUCGACGAGACCCCGAUUUCUCCAGUUGCCGCUGGCGCCCGCGGCAGGAAGAUGUCGUUAGAGCAGCACCUGAAAGAUCGCCCAGAUAGGUCUCAGCUUGUAGAUAAGAACAUCCUCCCCGAGUCUACCGCUGCUCCGAGCCUGCAGGAGAAACAGAAGGAGCUGGCGAAGCAUAUGCGUGCCGACUCGCUCAAUGAUAAGAUCUCUCAUCGCCCCUCGCCUGAUCAGCUGCUGAAAGACGGUGUGCUCCAUGAUGACCCUCGAUCUCCCGAUGAAAAAUACGCCGAGGCUAUUGAAGAUGAGUAUGCGAAGCGCGAAGGUGGCGCUUAGCUGGUAGUUGAUGAUUGUGGGUGAGUUGGUAACGGGAGACUGUAUGUCAAACAUGAGGAUUGCUAGAUUGGCUCAGUGUUUUGGUUCAGCAUUGGUAGGUGGGCGUACGCGUAAGUUGAGUUUACCUCUUCGGGAGCCUGUAUAACAUGUCGAGGGAUUAAUUUCUAUCUUGGGUGAAGGCGAAAUGUGAGACUGUCUAUAUCUUGUUUCCAGCACAGUGGUUCUCUAUUGGGGUCCGGUG